UCAUUUUUGGAGGGGGGCAGUAGUUCCUCAACAAGCGGCCGGAAGUGAAGCGGCAGCGUAAACAUGGCUGACAGUGGAGACCCAGAGGGAGCCGGCCCGAAGGAUGGGAUUGUCCAAGCAAAGAAUGAAGGCAGAGAGAUGACCAAAGAGGAGAAGCAGCGAAUGAGGAAAGAGAAGAAACAGCAAAAGAAAAGCAAAGAGAAGAAAGAUGACAAGGGUUCACAGGAAGGGGGGAAAGAAAAGAAGCAAAGCAGUUCAGAUCCUCCAUCAGCCCAGCCCACAACACAUAACAAUACCCAAAAAGCCCCCUCAGCAGUGCCUGCUCCUGUUCCUGUGCCUGCACCAGAAACUGCUGCCCCGGCAGACAAGCCAGCUAAGAGCAAAGGGGAGUUAAAAGCUGAGAGGAGAGCUCGACAAGAGGCUGAGAGGGCCUCCAAGCAGGGCAAGAAGGGAGACGCCGGACAGCAGGCGGCCACGGGGAAGCCGAAAGCACCGCCUAGUGAGCUGCAGCCAGUGGUGAAGAGGCUUCCAGAACACGUGCAGGUGGACAACCCGGAGGUUUUAAGGAAACUGGCAAAGAAAUUGGAAAGACAACAGACACCAGGGUACAAUGCUGAUUCAAAUGCCAAGAUCCCUCUCCGGUCAGACUACGGAUACAAAGUCAGCCUGUUUUCUCAUCUCCACCAGUACAGUCGUAAAGCCCCUCUAACACAGCAACUCGGCAUUCCCUCCACAGUCAUUCAUCCUGUGAUUGUUCGGCUGGGUCUCCAGUAUUCACAGGGAAUAGUUGCAGGAUCCAACGCACGCUCCGUCGCCCUGCUGCAUGCCUUCAAACAGGUCAUAAGGGACUAUACUACACCUCCAAAUGAGGAGCUGUCAAGAGACUUGGUCAACAAACUGAAACCAUAUAUCAGUUUUCUGAAUCAAUGUCGCCCUCUGUCAGCCAGCAUGGGUAAUGCAAUCAAAUACAUCAAAAAAGAGAUCUCAAAUAUCCCCAGUCAGUGCAAAGAAGAAGAGGCUAAAACCAAACUGCUGAACUGUAUCGAGUGCUACAUUAAUGAGAAGAUCGUCCUUGCUGCUAAAGCUAUUGCCAAGUACUCCAUAGAAAAGAUCAGUGAUGGGGAUGUCAUCCUAGUUUACGGAUGCUCAUCACUGGUCAACCACAUUUUGUGCGAGGCCUUUGAGAAGGACAGGAAGUUCCGUGUCAUCGUGGUUGACAGCAGACCUCGGCUGGAGGGCCGGGAGGCUCUGAGGCGUCUGGUCCAGAGAGGCAUCAGCUGCACCUAUGUCCUCAUAUCAGCUGUCUCCUACAUCCUUCCAGAGGUAUCAAAGGUGUUCCUCGGUGCUCACGCCCUGUUGGCCAACGGCUACGUCAUGUCUCGUGUGGGGACGUCGCAAAUAGCUCUGGUGGCCAAAACCUUUAACGUGCCUGUGCUGGUGUGUUGUGAGACUUACAAGUUUUGCGAGAGGGUGCAGACCGACUCCUUUGUGUCCAAUGAACUAGAUGACCCCGAUGACCUCAUCGUGACACGGAAAGGGAAGACCCAGCUAGAGCACUGGCAGCAGGUGCCCUUACUCGGCCUGCUGAACCUGGUGUAUGACGUGACGCCGCCUGAUUUUGUGGACCUAGUCAUCACAGAUCUAGGAAUGAUCCCGUGCACUUCGGUCCCUGUUGUGCUGCGAGUCAAAAACGUGGACCAGUGAACGACCUCCCGCUGCAGCCUGAGCCCGGAGUUUUUGCGCUUGGAUGUCUGCACACAACACAAAAUAUCGUGCUUUUAGCAUGCAAUAAAUAUAUAUCUGAAAUGGCAUAAGCUUUUUAAA